AGAAAAAAUACAAAAUAAAGAUAAAAAUAAAACUGAAACAAUGGGGAAGAAAGAAGAGAAAGAUGAAUAGUGGAAAUGGAAGCCCUAGCUCUUCUUUUUCCAAAUCACGGCAUCCGCACCGCCACAAAUUCCCAUCAAAUGCUACCAAUCAAUCCAAAGUUUCAACUUUUGCUCAAAGGGUCACUCCUCCUCCUACCACUGGUAGUAAUUAUAAUGCUUCUAUCUCUGAUUUCAAUAGCAGCCAAGAGGAUGCACAACAAUCUUCCAAUUUUGGGGUUUUAGUUGGAACUUGUCCUUAUAUGUGUCCAGAAAGAGAGAGGAUCCAGCGUGAGAAACUUCGCGAUUUGGCAGUUUUUGAGAGGUUAAAUGGUAAUCCUGGAAAAUCAUCCCCAGCUCUUGCAGUCAAGAAGUUUUGCAGAACUAUAUCCAGCAAAUAUGUUCAAGCAUCUGAUAUGCGGCCUCUUGCUGUAUUAGAAGAUACUUUAAAUUACCUUUUGGGCUUGCUGGAUUCUAAGGAGCAUCCAUUUGAAGUAGUUCAUGACUUCAUCUUUGAUAGGACAAGGUCUAUACGUCAAGAUCUUACUAUGCAAAAUAUUGUAAGCAAGAGAGUUAUCUACAUGUAUGAGGGAAUGGUGAAAUUUCAUGUUAUAUCACAUCAAAAGCUCUGGUGUUCUAUGGGUGAUCCAAACAUUGCAUCACUGCAUCAUCUUAACAUGGAGCAGCUCACAAAAACAUUGUCUUCUUUAUUUAAUCUGUACGAAGCAAAUCGAAAUUCAAAUAAUGUGCAUGAGAAUGAAGCUGAGUUCCAUUCAUUAUAUGUGCUUCUUAAUCUUGGUUCUCACAGCAAACCAAUGGGUGAACCGCUUUCUUUAUGGUUUAGUCGUGUAUCAACUCCGAUAUUGAAGUCAAAAGAAAUGCAGUUUGCUAGGAGAGUCGUACGGUCUUUCCGACUCUGUAAUUAUAUUGAUUUCUUCCGUACUGCUGCAGCUCAGGCAUCAUAUCUGCAGUACUGCAUUAUGGAGCCUUAUAUCAAUGAAGUUCGUUCGCUGGCUUUAUCUUGCAUAAAUUUCAGUGGCUACAAACUUCAUCCAUAUCCUCUGUUCAACCUUUCAAAACACCUGAUGAUAGAGGAAUCGGAUUUGGAAUUGUUAUGCCAUUCUUGCGGUCUUGAGACAUGUACAGAUGAAUCUGGAAAUAAGUUACUUCACACAAAGCAAACUACCUUCAGUCACCCCAAAGGUGGGUUCCAAAAAUAUAGUUUCUUGGGCUUACAAGAUUAUGGAAGGCAGUCUUAGAGACGCCAUUUACUCCAUCCCCAACAUUGGUCCAGAUGUAUAUGUUAGGUGUCAGGUUUGGGCCUAAGUCCAAUUUGUUGGGCUUAGAUUCAAACGUGACACUUAACAAAAUUCAUUGGGAGCAAUACUAGGAGAUUGAACAGGCAUGAUCUUCGGUUGCAACUAUUUUCAUCACUUUCCCUAAGUAUGGAAAUAAUUGUGUGACUAUGAUCAUUGAUUAUUAUAUACCAACAAUAUAAGUUCAAUAGAAUCUAUAUCUGAUGCUUUUAGGAAACAUGGGAAUGUGUUGUGUACUAUAAGGAGCUGUUUGUACUUGUAAAUGUACAUUUGAGUUUUUAUAUUUGGUAUGUUACUAAUGUAAAGGUGUUUAUUCUAUUUGUAAACAUGGGCAACAUUGCAGAUUUACUGACACCAAUAAAUAAUUAAUUUAAUCA